AUGUCUGCCGUUCAAUCGCCAUGCAAAUUACAACCUCCUUCUCUUACCCUUCAAAGUGGCAUGCAUACUCCAUUAUUCCGCACACCUAAGUUAUUGCGAAACUCAGCGAUUUUAAAGGCACCAAUUGCCAACGGGCCUGGUGGAGCGCAAUACCGUUGUGAAAUUUUAAUUUCCAACGACCUUAUAGGAUGCGUGAUUGGAAGGGGAGGUAAUAAAAUCAACGAAAUUCGGCAGGCUUCGCAGGCCAGAAUCAAAAUUUCUAGUGGUGAAGAAGGUAUUAAUAUCCGCCGAGUGGUAAUCACAGGAACUCUGAGUGCAGUACAGUCUGCUCAUUCACAAAUUAGUAACAGUAUUGAGUUACACAAGCAUAUAUUGGCACUAAAUAUAGCAAUGAAGAAUGUGUUUUCAUCGAGGAAUGACUUCAAAGAUGAGUUAACAGACCAAUCUAGUAAAUCAUCUAACCACUCCUCGGACGACCUAAUUGAAAAUUCUGGAAUAAAUAUUAAUAAUGGCAUUCAAAGUCACACUUGUAACCGAAAGAAUCUACCGAGAAUAAUAAAUGAGGUGCCUGCUGGAUUAUCCGAUUCUCAAAAUAUGAAAAUUAUGUUUCCAUGUAGGAUACAGUCAGACUUUAAAAAAAGUCAAAAUACCAUUCUCCAUUCAGCACCCGAAAGAAAAGAAACAGCAUUCCGAUACGAAAAAGAAUGUUCACCCUUCUGUUGGGAUCGACAAGGCAGUGGUUUGCAAGUACCCAGAGAAUCUAGAAUCGGAAGUAUCACCCAAACAACACGAAUAAGUACACCAAUCCUAUCUGCUGACUUAUUUAGACAGAAAGCCCAUUUGGACGUAACAGACACGAAGCAACUAAGUCCAUGUAAUGUUCUUAAUUUUAUUCAAAAGUUGCAACACACUUCUCAAUGA